AUGUUGUUUCGCUACGAGAGUUUAGCUUCGUUAUUGGCUUGUGUUCAAGCUGUCGCGGCUUUGUAUAGCAGUGAUGUUGAGAUUUCUCAGAGAGAUUUUUCUUCAAGGCAAAUGACUAGUUUAGGGGCUAUCACCGUGCGUUCUGCGGAACAAAAACGAGGCGUCGCAAAUUUUAAACCAAAUUUGGAGUGUACUCAUCAUUAUGCCGAUCAUGAUUCAAUUAUUCGAGGAACACAUUCGAGAUUCGCAUCUACAUCGUUGAAAUAUAAAUUACCUGCAGUCACUCUGGAAGAUAUUGAGCUCAAUGUCAAAAAUAUUCUGUGCUCAAAGUCGACCAUCAUCGUUGAAUUUCCUUCUGCGAAUUUAUUAGCCGAGGCAGAGAACGAAUGGAAAGAUCUAUCAAAGUUUUUGGUUAUUUCGUCACAUACCGGGUGUAAUGUUCAGAACGCGCGGGCUCCAUAUUUAGUGUCCAACGUGGAAUAUGCUCACAAAUCCAAUACCGCAAUCCUCUCCGUGCAACGGAUUGAAUGGAGCGAUGCUUAUGAUACAAUGGAAGUAAAAUUCGGUAUGGGUAAAUACGAUAGUAGCGCCCUUCGUAUACACAGUGAUUUGCGCAAAAGAAUUACUUCAUCAGUUUCAGUAUCAUCUUCUGAAACUGUCUCUUUUCCAUCAGCGCCAUCAGCAACACCAACCUCGGAUACAUCAGUUCAAGAUAUUGGAUAUUCGGUACCUGCGGGAUUUAAUCUCGGAAGUUUCGCUACUUCAAAUGAUGGUGCAGGUGGAUCUUUAUCGAUAAAUUGUGGUAAUUGUUCUAUCGAAGGUUCAAUCGAAUUGAUUCAGGGUGUCUUUAAUGUUAGCGACUCCUCUCUAGAUACAGAGAAAGCAGUGAAUUUUGUAGAGCAUGGUUAUUUCGACAUGGUAUUCAAUGGACUAGGUGCGCAUAUCGAAAUUGAUUCCGCAGUUGCGGGUACAUUUACAGAAACAUUCACUAUGGAACUUACGACAUUGGCUCUACCGGGUUUCCAGAUCCCAGAUAUCGCCGCGAUAGGUCCGAUGUGGAUCCCAGCAAUUCAAGGUUCUAUCAGUGUCUCUAGGAAUCUCAACUUCACUUACGGUUUCGACGUUUCCGUCCCAGAUAAAUCCUCCAUGCGACUCAACAUUGGUAAUCUUACCGAAUCAACCUCUUCUGGUUUUAGCGACUCCGCCAUCACCGCUCUCCCCUUAAUUGCGACUGAUCCCUCAAUAUCCCUGACUCUCUCACUAGCACUUCAUUCCGAAAUCCUCCUCGGUGUCAACAUACUAUCAGGCAAAGGUUCCAUAGCCGCCGGCGCCUUUCUCGAUCUCCCCGCUCUCUCCGUAACAAUCUCCGAACUCACCUCGGUAGACGAGAACUGCAAUCCAGCUCAAAGCUCCUCCUCAAGUGUCAAAGAUCUAGACUAUUUCUCAUCUCUCACGAACAUUGUUCCACAAGCAGAUAUAGCGAUAGGACUUCAAGCCGGGAUUCAAUUGAGAAUUCCAGAUCUACACUUUGUGGAGAAUGUAGGGACGACGGCUACGCUUGCUGGAACGAGUAUGUUGCUUCCGACGCAUUGUAUGAGUUUUGAUGGGGGGAAGAAGGAGUUUGUUACUCCCGGGGCUACUGGGAGCUCGAGCUCGAGCUUGAGUACGAGUACGGGUACAGCGGGAAGUUCGAAGAAGUCGAAUGCGGAGAAGAUGAUCUCGGUGCCGGUGGUUGGGGGUGAAGGGUUUGGAGGAUUGACUUGGAUGGCGGGGCUUUUGGGGUGUUCUCACGAUUAUGAGAAGCUCGAUUUCAGCGAAAAUCUAUUCGAAAAACUUCCGAGGGAAUUGUUGCUGCCAAUUGUCAAGUUAACCUCGGAUUUAGCGUCGGCCUGGAGCUUGAGUUCAGUUUCUUCGGCGGUUUAUUACCUUAUUGAUGGUUUCGGUAAGGAAAUUGUCGAGACAUUCUUGGAAGCAAGUGAGCCAGAAAAACUUCAAAUUAUUUUCGGCCACAUCGUGCUUCUGAGAUUGGGAGAACACCCAUCAAAAUCGAUGGAUGAAUUCAAAGACAGGCAGAGAUUUAGUGCACUGAAUAAGAUAGGCAGGCCCUUUACUGCCCAAACACCUGCAAAUCAUACGUUCAUGGACAAUAAUAACCGAGCCUUCAAAUCUAAAUACGAAUUGCUUCCCGAAGAAGUGUCGUCAGUGAUCAUACGUGCCGUUCUACGAACAGCCUACAACAUCAGUCAACUUACAUAUAUAUGUCACAAGCAUUUUCUCGAUAGGUGUGAAAGCUUUGAAUUUUCAGAGCCGAUUCACCUGAGAUCCUCGAGACCUGGAAGCUUCCUUGAAGUCAAGCUAUCGGAAUAUCGCAAGUACUCAGUUCGAAAUGUAACCUUCCCCCUACCUUCUUGGAUUGAGCAAAAGAGAAUCACUCAGACAUUUUGGUACAUACAAAUGUUUUAUGAUCUAAAGAACAACUCUCAAAAUCUUCGCUGGGCAAAUCCAGAUCUUGAUAGACUUAAAAGCAUGAAUGUUAAAAGUUUUCACAAUAAUCCAGGAUGCAAGGCACUUGAAAAUGCGAUACUGACCGCUGCGCUUUAUCCGAGAGAAAAUUCUCAGCGGCUUUCGUCUGAAUCCACCAACCAAAGCGAAUUCCCAACUCUUCGACUUCCCAACCAGAUAUGA